GCUUCACUUACUGCGGUCACCUGCAGUUGGAUCAACAGACACGACCUACAGACGGUUGUGGUUCGAUCCCCUCACAACAACACGCUUCCGGGGCCAGGACAGCGACAGGUGCACCCGGCAGGGAGCAUAUUUUACAGAGUGUGCUGCUGACGUGAUGCUGGAGGAUCAGGCUGUGGUGCACUGAGCCUCCCAUGGCUGUUAGCACCAUGGACUCGGAGUCAGCCCGGACACCUCAGCCCCAGGCGACCCUUUCUAAAGGAGGCCACUCCCUCCUGUCUCCUGGGGCUCUGAGUGCUACGCUGGGCCAUCAAGGGAAGCACUAUGUCUGUGGCUCCAUUGCAGCUUUUACCAAUAUCAUGGUAACUUUCCCCAUCCAGAAGGUGCUGUUCCGCCAGCAGCUGCACGGUGUGUUGGCCACGGAGGCAGUGCGGCAGCUCCAGAGGGAUGGGCUGAGGAAUCUUUACCGGGGCCUGUUGCCCCCACUACUCCAGAAGAGCACCACAGUGGCCAUCAUGUUUGGCCUGUACGAGGAUUUCUCUCGAGUCUUAUUGGACCGGGCUGAUAGCAGUGGUGUGCCGGAGCUGGCCACACGAAGCUUUGCUGCAGCAUUGGCAGGAACUGCAGAGGCCUUCCUGACGCCAUUUGAGCGUGUGCAGACUCUCCUACAAGACCAUCGGCACCACGGCCGCUUCAACAACACAGCCCACACCUUCCGGAUACUUAUAACUGAGUAUGGUGUCAGAGAGUGCUACCGUGGCCUCGUGCCCAUACUCCUACGUAACAGCCCUAGCAAUGUGCUCUUCUUUGGGCUCCGGGGGCCCAUUAAAGAGCAGCUCCCAGAAGCCACUAGCCGAGUAGGUCACUUGGUGAAUGAUUUUGUGUGUGGAGGGGUGUUGGGGGCCGCUCUGGGCAUUAUGUUCUAUCCAUUAAAUGUGGUGAAGUCCCGGGCUCAGUCUCAGGUUGGUGGAGCCUUCCAGCCUUGCAUUAAGGUGCUGCUGACCGUGUGGAGAGAGAGGGGUGGUAGCGUGGCCAUGCUCUACAGAGGGGCUCACCUCAAUUACCACCGAUCCCUCCUCUCCUGGGGGAUCAUCAACGCCACCUAUGAGCUAAUGCUGAAGCUCAUAUGAGAGGGGGAAUGGAGAUGACAAAAGAAAAGAAAGAGAACGUGUUUAAAGGGAAAUGCGUGUAUGGAGUAAAAGAUCCAGUUUGUCAAGAAGAAAAAAAAAAAAAGAAGAAAAAGCCUAUGCACUAGCUGUCCAGCAGUUUUUGUGAGACACUGGAGUUUCUACAACUAAAAGACAGCAAUGAUGUUGCACUUCUGACCGGGGGCCAACAGUCAGCGUGAGAUAACCACCUGCCAUUGUGACUAUUCACUGAUUUCAGAGUAUAACAGUAAAAACACUCUGUCGCCUAUAACAAAACUUGUGCCAGGGUCCAAUUAAUGUGCCCUUGUUUGCUCUGAAACUCUCUCUCAAACUUUGAUUUGAGCAAACUGAACUCCUGUGCUUUUUGCUUUUUCCCACAGUUUCACGCAAAUGUUCCUUCACUGGAUAUUGUGUUUGUAAGAGAAGCUGCUUUCUUUCUAUGUGCUGUGUGCUGUGGUGUCAUGUUGACAAUUCCUUCCACCAAGAGCACUUUGUCUAUAAAACUGAAUUCUGCCUCUCAACUCAAACACGUUUGUGCUUCUGACUAUUAUAAAACCUAAGAAUUUUUUCAAGGAAUUGUGAUACUGUGCUGUGUCAGCUGUUGAUGACCUCUUGUGGCUAGUGCGUAUCAGAUGUACAUGUUCUUGGAAACACUUUCCAGGCUGGUCAUUUAAAACGGUUUGUUCUUUGUCACAUUAUUCAUCUAUGGGAAAUGUUUGUCUGGAUGAUGUAUACAUCAGUAAAAUAUACAGUUACACGCAAA